CAAUGCCUUGGCGCAUGUCCACGCCAUCCUCACGUUGGUCAAAAUGCCGUCUUUGGAUUCCUCUGUUCAGGGCAUAGUACUCGAAGCCACUCUUUCCCACGAUAUUCAUGAGGAUGCAAACUCGCGACUCCGUCGUCACCAAGCCUCCUGGGCUGAACAUUCCGCCGACUCGAGCCCAGAUUUGGCAGCUUCGAGCCCAGCGAGGGUUACUUGGGCAGUGUUUUCCGCGCAGGAGCGAUCUUCAUGCUGCGUUUCUGGCUCAUGAUUAUGCGGAUAGGCCGCUGUCUGCUGUACUGCCGGGGACUGCCUCGGAAGACUGCUUCGAUUCCACCAUGAUCAGUCGCGUCGAAGAAAGCAACACGCUUCAUCCAGAUUCUCAGAUCAUCUCUACAUCAUCCAACCUGCCCACCCAAGACGUCUCGCAGACCUUUGCGCGUACAGCAGCUUCUCCUUAUGACCGAUAUCAGAGUACAAGCCUGGACUCAAGAGCCGGCAAGAGUGAGGUAGAUUCUCCAGCCUGCACCCCAUCGAUAAAGAAAGCGUCCGCAUCUCCUGAACACGACGCAGUUCCUCACGAGCAAUGCGACUGCGACUCAUGCGCCUCUCCCUUGUUUCACAAUAGGCACCCGGUCAGAAGUGGAUCUCUCUGGCGCCUGGGGGAUUCUCCUUCUCCCAAGCUGGUGGUACAUGUUGUCUCUGACUCUGUCGAAGCACAGCCUAUAGUUAAAGCUGGGGGUGUUGGGAAUGAUAUACAGUCUGAUGGUGCAUCAAGCGCACGCAAGAAUAUUCGGCACAUGUUCGAUUCUUUGAAAUAUACUGAGCGGGUGAAGCCAGGCCUUACCAGUGUCGUGUUGGAGCUGCGGCGUGGGAUACAUUCGGCUGGACGGCGUGGCAGUGUUGUCGUGGCCGGAAUGAGGUCGAGAGCUAGAUUACUUUCAUCAGUGGGACGUCGGCGGUGAGGGAAGGGUGGUGAAAUGUAGACCCAGCACCUCUCGUGAGCCUGGUUGACACCAAAGGCUUUUUCUUUGACUUUUCACGUACUUCACAAUGUAUAGCUUCUGUACGUUCUGCAUGCCUUCUUUGUCCUUGCUUGUCGUAUCACCGAGCUCAG